AUGAAACCUUCAGUUGUAAAUUGCAUGAUUGUGUUUUUAUGGACUUUUUCCUUCACUCUUGCUGGACUACCCUUUAUCUACUUUAACAAUUGGGAUCAGGGCGUUAGAUGCAGUUUCGGCUACCUUUUGCAUGACUGGGUUUAUCUGGUAUGUGGCACCACCAUAUAUUCAUGCAUGGCUAUCGCGGUCAUUCUGUAUGGUCUAAUUUUGAAAACAGCUAGAAAAGUAUAUGCGAAAUCUUUGAAGAGAGCCUCGGUUGAUCCCACCAAUGAGCGUAACAGAAAGAUAAUAAAGAACAUCCGUUCAGCAAAGGUUAUGGGAUAUGUCACUUUGGCCCUGGUUCUCAACUGGGGUCCAUACGAAGUGUACAAGAUUCGGUAUGGUCUCGAUAUGACUACCGAUUUUACCUUCAAUCUGUCCACAUGGCUUGUGUUUCUGGGAAUCGUAAACAGCGUUGUAAAUCCUUUCAUCUACGCCUACCAACGGAAAGACUUCAGGAAAGGGUGCCAGAAAUUGUUUGGUUGCUACAGAAACGAGGGACAAUCAGGGUCCAAAACAGAAUCAAAAUCCAACGCAGGGGAGUUGUGUCGUUAUUAG